AGAUGUGUACACGCACGCGAUGGGCAAAGUAAACCGCAACGGCCUGAACCUCCUCGCGAUCGCGUUCAUAGCGCUCGGCAUCAUACUGCUGGCAGCGAACUUCAUGAACUCCCCCGAGAUGGCGCUGCUGUACGUGACGCUGCUGCUGGCGGUGUGCAUGGCGUCGCUCGUGCUGCUCAUAUCCGUGGUGGGCGAGUGUGCGCGCGCGCACGACCACUGCCUACUGAGGAAGUUGGACUGGUUCUCGAGCUUCAUGGUCACGCUGUUCUGGUUCGUGUAUAUAUUCGUGUGGACCUUCUUCGCUGCCGUGGCAAACGGCAUGGCAAGGGAGAUGCAACCCUACUGACGCUCCGGAAACUUCAAAACUGUCUUAAUAUGGGCGGAAUUCAUGUCUACAUUACGAAGAAAAUUAACCUGUGGA